GAAUGAGCCUUGUUUUCUCUCGGAUCACUUUUACUGUUGCGCAAGUCUGAGCCGCUUCGGGGGUGAAAGGGUAGAGAGCGAGUAUGGCGUCUUCCACAGAGGCAGACGGCGUGAGGGCUAACACGGCACAGACACACGGAACUAAUAAAUCAAAAAGGAAAGCAAAUAAAGUUGAUGAAUCAGACCUGUUGACCGUGCCAGAGGGAUGGAAAGAAAACCCAUUUACAGCAGAGGACAACCCAAGGGGUUUACUGGAAGGAAGCAGCUUUGCCACUCUAUUUCCCAAAUACAGAGAAGCCUACUUAAAGGAGUGCUGGCCACUGGUGCAAAAAGCACUGGGGGACUGUGAAAUUAAAGCAACUCUAGAUUUGAUUGAGGGCAGCAUGACCGUCAGCACCAGUAGAAAGACCUUUGAUCCAUAUGCCAUUAUAAGAGCUAGAGACUUGAUAAAGCUGCUGGCAAGAAGUGUUCCUUUUGAACAGGCCGUGCGUAUUCUUCAAGAUGACAUGGCGUGUGACAUCAUUAAAAUUGGCUCUUUAGUAAGAAACAGAGAGAGAUUUGUGAAAAGAAGACAGAGAUUGAUUGGUCCAAAAGGAUCCACCCUGAAGGCGCUUGAACUUUUGACAAGCUGUUAUGUUAUGGUUCAGGGGAACACUGUGUCUGCCUUGGGGCCAUACAAUGGGUUAAAGGAAGUUAGAAAAGUAGUACUGGACACAAUGAAGAACGUUCACCCGAUAUACAACAUCAAGACGUUAAUGAUCAAGCGUGAGUUGUCAAAAGAUCCAGAGCUCAGAAUGCAGAGCUGGGAGAGAUUCCUGCCCAACUUCAAACAUAAAAACCUGAGCAAACGCAAGGAGCCCAAGAAGAAGACAGUUAAGAGGGAGUACACGCCAUUCCCACCGCCACAGCCAGAGAGCCAGAUGGACAAAGAGUUAGCAACUGGUGAAUUCUUCCUCCGAGAAAGUCAGAAGAGAAGGAAGAAGUUGGAGGAAAUAAAGGUGAAACAAGCUGAAGCUCUAACUAAGAAGCAAGAAGAACGGAACAAAGCAUUUAUUCCUCCUAAAGAGAAACCUGCUGUGAAAACAAAGAGAGCUCCUACUGAAACCAAAAUUGACAUUGAAGCCAUCAAAGACAAAGUCAAGAAAGCCAAGAAUAAGAAGCUGGGUGCUCCCCCAGUUAACAGAGCAGCUGAGACUGCUUCUGCAAGUGUAAAGAAAAAGACGAAAAGGAGCUAGGUUUUAUCCUGCUGACCUGCAGCGACAGAUGUAUUCCUUUGGGAUACAAAUUCAUCUUUCCCUUUGUCUCUUGCUUUGGGGUAUUCUGUAGAGGGGAAAUGUAAUAAUAAAGAAACGGCUUGUGCA